CGAGCCCCGCUCGUGGUGGCGGGAGAGCCGCACGUGGUCGCCGCUCGCGCGGGCCGCGCGCAGCAUGUUCGGGGGCCGGGCCAGUCCUCUCUUCCUGGACACUUCAGAGAUCUGGUGGCAGGACCCACCGUCCCUGCGAGCCGAGGCAGCGCCCUGGGACGUGACAGAGGUGGCAGCCGUGUGCAAGGCAGCGGAUGAGGGCUCGGAUGCGAGCCCCCAGGAGGGGAACAGCACAGAGGAGCAGGAUGUUCAGGACCCGGAGCUGGAGGCCAUCAAAGCCAAACUGCGGGAAAUAGAGAAGGAGGAUGAGAGGUUGAAGGAGCUGCAGCUGGAAGCUGAGAACCAUCUGUUCAUGAGCUCAGAAGCAGCUCUCUUCCCACUGACAACCAAGGAGAAGAUGGAGGCUGACCAGCGUUCCAUCUACGUGGGCAAUGUGGAUUACGGGGGCACAGCAGAGGAGCUGGAGUCUCACUUCAACAGCUGUGGGCAGAUCAACCGCGUCACCAUCCUCUGUGACAAGUUCUCGGGCCACCCCAAAGGCUAUGCCUACAUCGAGUUCGAGGAGCAGAGCUCUGUGAAGGCUGCGGUGGAGCUGGACGAGAGUGUGUUCAGGGGCCGCGUCAUCAAGGUGCUGCCCAAGAGGACCAACAUGCCCGGCAUCAGCAGCACCGACCGCGGCGGCUACCGGGGCUACUUCCACGCCCGGGGAGGGCUGGGCCGCUGGGGGGGCUACUACGGGCAGCACCCCAGGGUGCGAGGGAGGAUCUACAGGGGUCGGGCAAGGCUGCUGCCUUGGUAUUUUCCAUACUAGAAGAGGCUGGACUGCCUGGUGAUGCCAUCGGGACUGAAACGAGGAGAUGGGAUUGGAGAGAUUUAAAAAUAUGCCUACCCAAGCCAAAAAACAGAUUAAUUUUAAAAAUGCCAUCUGCCUGGCCAUGAGGAUUACUGGUGAGCCCUGUGCUGGGCUGCAGGAGGGAAGAUGGGAUCUGCUCCACCCUGCCAGCAUCCCAGGAGAGCUCAUCCCACCUCAGCUCUGCCCGGGGGGCUGUGUUUGCACAGAGAACAGGCUCAUUCCAGAGAACGCUGUCCUGGGAAGGGAGGAGCUCUCCCAGACCAUCAAGUCUUCUCCUUAUCCCAUGGAAAAGGGCUGUCCUGGAGGGUUUGGUUCCUGGCUGGCUGCAUGCCCUCCAUGCCACUGCUUGGCCAUGAACCUCCUCAGCUCUUCCUGCAGCAGCUGGAUGUUGUCGUCUUUUCUUCUAAGAGCCUAAAGACUCUUUCCUAAAUCAAUGGAGAAAGUUCUGGGUUGCAGCUCCAGAUCUGAUUGCUGGGGAGCUUUUCCUUCAUCAGCCCUAUGGAUGUGACCUUCCUCUUGGGAAGCCUGAUGUGGUUUGGGUCUGGUUUUUAGCUCGCUGUGUUUGUAUAUCCAGGACAGGGGAAAAGCAUCCCUUGUUUCUCUGGGAGCCUCUCUGUCUCUGUGGUAGCUAAACAGGACCUGGGUGUCACAAAACCCUUCCUCUUUUUUAGUUUGGCUGUUAGCAAAGCCCUCUUCCCUCCCUCCUGCUUUUAUUCCAAUCUCCAGGGGUCAAGGGGUGCUGGCACCUCCUCUUUCUUGCAGUAGCAGCAUUACAGAGUCACCUUCACUGGUGCAAAUUUGGUCUGCUCUCCUUCUUUAUUCCCAUCACCAUUCCUGCUCUGGAGUCACAUUUGGGGAUGGUGUGAGCCCUGCUGGAGGCUCAGGACCGAGGAGCACCACAGGAGCUGGGUACCAGGGAAGAAGGUUCCUGGCUCUUCCCUUUCCUGCUGAAUUUGUGUUUAUGCAGCCACGUGUUUUUAAAGGAAGAGCUUUGUGUUAGGAGAGGCAGGCUGGAACCCCAGCACACAGCAUUCCUGGGAGUUCUGCAUGGAAAUGGCUUUUAUUAUGUAAUCCUCCCACUAAUCUUUUGGGAUCCUUGGUUAGGAUUCCUCUAACCCAGAUGCAGCAGAUGCAACUGACUCCUAAAGCAGCUUUUCACAGCUCAGGGGCAUUGCCAGGCUAAAAAUCCCACUGAUUUUUUUUUCCCUUUAAGAUCUCUAGAUUUUUUUUUAAAAGCUUGGGGCCUUUACUCUUCAUGUUGUGUUGAUAUUGUGCUCAGAGCUGCUGAGACUGACCUUGAUUUGAGCUACCCUUAGGCUUAGACUAUAAACCAGCUUUUUCUAGGGCUUCUGUUUGAUAGGAUUAUAAAUUUUUGAGGCUUAUUUUUUAAUAAAAAACUACUUUGGGGUGUUUGGACUCUGUUGUGGAAGAGGCAACACUGAGCUGCCAUCUCUGUGAGUGAAAACAGCCAAAUUUUUUAGAUGAAAAUGUUUGUGGAUAACAGUGCACAGCUGUGCCUUGUGGAGAUGGUGGGAGAGGCUUGAACCUCCCCAGAUAUUCCAGGUGGUUGCUGAUGAAAUGAACUUAAGUUCUGUUUGAGAAAGUAUUUGUAACUGUUACUUAUUUUUAAAAUAAAUGAUCCUGCUGUGUGAACUUCA